AUGACGUCCUCCAAGGAGGUCGUGCUGGAGUAUGUGGUGCCCACCCUGGGGGCCGUGACAGCGGUCCUCAUGUUUCUGGCCAGCAUGCCCGCAGUGCUCCGAGCCAGGAAGUCUGGUGAACUAGGGGAGUUGAACCUCAUCCCCUACCCCGCCAUCGUCGCCAACUGCGUGGGCUGGGUGGCCUACGCCAUGGUCGUGGCCAACGGUUUUGUGCUGGGCCCAAAUGCCAUCGGCUUGGUGCUGGGCCUGCUCUACAUCUUCGCCUGCGCCGGCCUGGCCCCGCAGCGCACCCUGGACGCGAUGGGCGCCGUCACCGUCCUCUUCACCGUCGUGCUGGUUAGCGCGGGGGCGGUGGGGACCUUCCGCCACCUGGACCACGCAGCGCUUCGCUUGCUCUGGGGCUACACCAGCAACGCCAUCCUGCUCUGCUACUAUGCCGCGCCCAUGAGCACGCUGUACCAUGUGCUGUGUGAGCGCCGCGCCGACAGCCUGUCACUGCCCCUCUGCGCCAUGAAUGCGCUCAACGGCGCGCUAUGGCUGGCCUACGGCCUGGCCAUCCACGACCCCUUCCUCUGGGUGCCCAACGGGGUGGGCAUGAUCAUCGCCCUGGUCCUCCUCGCCGCCAUCCUGGUGUUCUGGAGGAACCGGGGCGUUGCCACGCCCACACCAGAGCCCGACAUUGGACUCCUGGCCAAGGAGGGAUCGAGCUUUGCAGCCCUGGCCCGAUCCAUAAUCGGCCAGCAGCUGGCCACCAAGGCCGCAGCUGUCAUCUUCCAGCGAACUCUGGAGGCUUGCCAAUGCCUAGACACCGGCUUCCUCACCCCUGAAUCCCUCACAACGACGGACAUGGCCGCAUUGCGAGCCUGUGGUCUAUCCCAGAGGAAGGCCGAAUACCUCACGGGCCUUGCCCGCCUCUUCUCAGAUGGGGUGCUCACUAAUGAGGGCAUCCAAGGCAUGGACGACGCAACGCUCACUAUGGAGCUGACGAAAGUUCGAGGACUGGGUCAGUGGUCGGUCCACAUGUUUGCCAUGUUCCACCUGGGCCACCCUGACAUCUUGCCAGUGGGGGACCUGGGGGUGCGGAAGGGCAUGCAGUGGCUGUAUGGGCUCAAGGACUUGCCCGCCCCUGAGACGAUGGAGGGAGUGGCGGCGGCCUGGAAGCCGUAUCGUAGCGUGGGCAGCCACUACAUGUGGAGCGCCGCCGCCUCGGCGCCGCGCUCACCCAACAAGAAGAAAGCGCAGUCUCCCGCAAAAAGGAAAAAGGCAGCCGCUGCUGGAGAGCUUGAUGGCGAGAAGCCGACCUGA